UUCAAAGACGUUUAAGAACAACACAAGGCCUACAUUCAAGCAUUGCGUUACGAACUAAAGGUCAAUAGGUUGCCAGAUAUGGACACAAGUUCAUCUGGAAACACAGUGAAAAUAGACCCAGAAGUCCUAGAAAUCCAAAAGAAACUAUACCGGGAAAAUUUAAUACACCAAGCGUCCCUGAAACAUGGAAGCAAAUACUUUCCGAUAUGUCUUGAGCCCUUUCAACAUGAGCGUGACCGUUUGGCGUUGAACUUCACCGCCAAUGAUCGUGUUGCUAGGAAGCAAUAUUUAGCAGAUCAAAUCUUGACGGAUAGGGAGCCAGUAAACGUUCCAGAGUGGACACGCGUCAACAUCUUCCGAAGGAUGUAUAGGAAACCUUAUGAUGCCCUGACAAAUUUAGUCAGACCUCUAAUAGGCGACCAUAGAAGUUGGUAUUUUCGAAGGGCAGUACCCAAGGUUACAGCGUUAGUAGUAUUUUCAUGGUUACUAUGGUAUAGGGUGAAAUACUGUGAUAAUUGGGAGAAGAGAGCUAGAGCAUUCAAAUCGAGAACCUUGAAAAAGCCUGUUUUGUUGCCGGGGCAAGCUGGCUAUCCCGAUAGUUCCAGAAUGGUCCCCGAGUUCGGAAUGGAAGGCUUCGAUCAAAGAACAGCUCUCCGAGGUGAAAAAUGUGGAGAGCAACAGGAUUUCAACAUGUGUCACUGGCUUCGUUUCUAAUCUGUCUCGGGUUAGCGAGUUGCGAUUCACCGCCCUGGUGCUACUACCCUUCAUCUCAUGGCAUCAUGUUAUGGACUGACCACCUCUUCGCAACACGUACGAACCACACAGGUACUAGCCAGUGGUACCCCGGUAAAAAGUAAAGUCUAUAAGAUUACUUUGUUUUCCUACCGAGAUUACUGAUAUCACUAUGUGAUCGUCUUCAGCACAAUGGAGAGGCCAGUAGUUCAAAACAAAAUUAAGUUUUGUUUAAAUGAUAUGUUUCUUAAUAAAUUUUCAAUUAUCGUAUUUUUCUCCCCAGUUGUUGUAUAGCGUGUAAUAUUUGUUGUGCUGUAUUAUCUCGGAUCUGAUUUGUUAGCCAUUCUGUUAAACGGUAAUGAGUCCGGAGAAUCUUCCUCUAAUUCGAUUCUGAACUAAUCAUUGCUUACAUGGUUUUACUUCCCUGGUAAUCACUUUAAAGGAGC